AUGGAUCAAACCGAAGUCAAUCGCUUUGCAGCUUCCAGAGAGCCGUCAUCGGGUAAAGCGCCCACCAAGACCAUGAAAAAUAAGUCCGCAGUAUAUGAACCGACCGCUCUGCGCCAGAACCAGUCUCAAGUUGGACAUGACAAAUGGUGCGAUGUGGCUCACCCGUUCAUGCCCAACAUCAACACCUUCUUCACAUCGGCUAUGACUCCCGCGGACAAAGAUUUGAGUUGUGUCAAGCCAACCCACGCAAGAAUGGAUGAGGGAUACAGGCUCCCCGAUCAUGGAUUAUUUGUCAAUGUCCUUUCCUCGCAGUCUCUGAAGAAAUAUCUCGCUAACUGGUUGGCAUGCCGUGAGUCGUGGCUGAGGCAUGUUUAUAUGUCGCCUCCAUCUCCGCUCCCUCGGUCCCAAAGCUGGCGUGAUCUAUUGAUCACACAGCCAACAACACCACAGCCCUCGUCGUCAAGUAGUCAGAUGCCAUCAGGCAAGACUGGCAAGUCCAAAGCCAAACUCAACCUGUUCUUUGGAGAUGAAUUAUCGCUCCUACACCAGUUUUGGACUGGAUCCCAGAUGUUGCAAUGGAGGGGUCAGAAAAUUGAAGCAGCAAUGCUCGAGAAUCCGCCGCAUCAUCUCAUUCAACAGAUCAUAUAUGAGAUUUGCGAGCAAAGCUUCCAAUACGACCUUCUGGAACUCGAUGAACAUCUUGCCGGUCAUAUGCGGCUGGAUCGGGAGGCGAAGAAGCGUCACAUGGAGUUGCUCUGUGGAAUUUUUCCUCAGCAUGAUGCUCUUUUAUAUUUCGAGAAUUUUCGUCAAGUGUUGAUCGCAUGGGACGGUGCUCCUCAAGAUCUCAAACAGCCUUUCACCGAGUCGAUGCCCGAGGGAGAGAAGUGGCAAUGCAUGAAGCAAUGUGCCCUGUUUUAUGUACAAUCAUUUUACGACAACACAGGUCGCCCCCCCAUGGUCCCUCAUAUACUUUACGCGGGUCCAUAG